CUCGCUUCAAGUCCUCCAAAGUCCUACUUCCGGGAUUGUCACGUGCUCAGUGAAUAAUACAGCCGAGCUUCCGCUGUGUACUUCCUUUCCGGCAGCGGCUUUAUCUUCGCCAACAUGCCACUCGCUAAAGACUUGUUGCACCCCACCCCUGAGGAGGAGAGAAGGAGGCACAAGAAGAAGCGUCUCGUACAGAGCCCUAAUUCCUACUUCAUGGAUGUCAAGUGUCCAGGAUGCUAUAAGAUCACCACAGUCUUCAGCCAUGCUCAGACUGUAGUGCUGUGUGUUGGCUGCUCCACUGUGCUGUGUCAACCCACUGGAGGCAAAGCACGUCUCACAGAAGGUUGUUCCUUCAGGAGGAAGCAGCAUUAAGCUACACUAGAAGCUCCACUAUGGAGGAGGGGGGGGGGGGUUGGACUUGCCCUUCAUGGACCUCUUGACGUCGAUUGCUGAUCUUUUCAUCUGGAGUGAAAGGAACAGAAGCAAACACUUCCACCAUCAGUCGCUUGCAAACUUGUAAAGAAGGCUCUCCAACCCAGUCUCUCUCUUUCAAUAAAAUGGUUUGGCUAAAACGGCACUCAGAUGUGUGCUCUCUCAAAAAACAUGAAGCAAAGAAGAGAAUCUGCUGACUUCUGUCAUUAAACAUUCAUCAUCUCUGA